CAAAGCCUGUGGCGUUUCGCCCUUGAAAGCCAUUGGGUGAGAUUACGCGAUCCCUGAAAACCUUCGUUCAAGCCAUGGGUUGGUUUCUUGUUUCUUGUGUCCUUUUAUUCCCCUGACACACGCUGCCGAUUUUGCGAUUUUUUGUUUCCGUGUUGGUCCUUUUUCAUGCAAAGCGCCUGAACUAUUCUUGGCCACCAGCGAUGUGUAAAGCACCUGCAAUCUGUCAAAUCACCCUCGAUAAAAACUCCGCCUACGAUAUACGAAGUCGAGCUGAACCAAAAAAAGGGGGCCGGAUUAUGUCUUAGCCUCUUACACGACUAGGGAUUUGGUUGCCGUUGGGUUUCGUUUUGCUCCCAGUCACAGCAAAACGGGACACACAUUACCUACAACUGCACGAUACAAAAACGAUCGAUCUUAGAUUGCGACGACGGCAAGCACUCGAGGUUUUCUUUUCUAUACCGGCAUUGCGCCGCAGCAGGUGAAGGUGUGUCAGGUUGGGUGGGUGAGCACUGGGCAUCAAAGAGGUGGAUAAUACCUUCAAUAUACUCUUUGGUUCGGUCCGUCGAAGACAUACGCAGACAUGGCCACUUGGUCAGGCAGGGCCGCCAUCAAGGGCGGCUCUGACACGAUGCGCAUGGUGCUUCUUACGUGCAACGCUGUCGGGAUCACGUUCACUUGGGGUGUGGAGAUGACUUAUUGCACCCCUUACCUACUCUCCUUAGGUCUUACAAAAGGCCAAACAUCUCUCGUCUGGAUUGCUGGUCCCUUAUCUGGUCUGAUAGUUCAGCCCGUGAUCGGUGUGAUAUCGGACACAUGGACGUCAAAAUGGGGAAGGCGACGACCGUUCAUAAUGAUAUGCUCAGUCAUUGUAGCCAUAAGCCUGCUCACACUCGGCUUCACGCGUGACAUUGUAUCAUUCUUCAUCCCUAGCGCCGCGGCGGCGGCGGCAGCAGAAGCACCCACCGCUACCAGGAGAGACCACCCCGAAACCGGCUUCACAGGUUUCCUGACCAUCACCCUGGCCGUGCUCGCUCUUUACACGACCGACUUUGCCAUCAAUGCCGUCAUGUCGUGCGCGCGGUCCCUCGUCGUCGACACAUUGCCCGUGCACAAGCAGCAGGAAGGCGCCGCCUGGGGGAGCCGCAUGGCCGCCAUCGGCCACAUGCUCGGCUACGGGGCGGGCGCCAUCGAUUUGGUAGCGCUCCUGGGCACGACGCUGGGAGAGACGCAGUUCAAGCAACUCACCCUCAUCGCCGCCUCGGGCAUCCUCUUCUUCUCGACCCUCACGUGCUGGGCCGUGUCGGAGCGCGUGCUCAUAGCGCCAGCGCCGGAACCAAAGGGUUCGGCGGGCGACGGUCAGAUGCUCAAGGUCCCGAGGCAGAUAUGGAGUACCCUGAUGACCCUUCCGGUGCGGAUUCAGGCGAUCUGCUGGGCUGUGUUUUGGUCAUGGAUCGGGUGGUAUCCGUUUUUGAUCUAUAGCAGUACUUGGGUGGGCGAGACAUACUUUCGCUAUGACGUUCCCGCCGAUGCCAAGAGCAGCAGCGAUGCACUGGGCGAGAUGGGCCGCAUUGGCAGCUACGCACUGACGGUAUAUUCUAUCAUCACGUUCCUCGGAGCAUGGCUUAUUCCGCCCUUGGUCCGCAAUCCAGAGAACGACGACGACGAGGACGACGAGGGCAUUCCUGCUACAUCCCAGGCGUCCUGGUCGCAAAGGUUCCUGCGCUCGUGGUUCCCAGGCGCGGCCCGCUCUUUAGGCCAACUCAAUCACCUCAAACCCGACCUGCUCACGGUCUGGACGUUUGGAUACAUCAUGUUCGCCUUUGCCAUGUUCAUGGCGCCGCUGGCAUCGUCCUUCCGCUUCGCCACGACCCUAGUCGCGCUGUGCGGCAUUCCCUGGACAAUCUCCAUGUGGGCGCCCACCGCUCUCUUGGGCGUCGAGGUCAACCGCAUGACACACGACAGCAGCGGCCAGCCGUACCGACGCUUGAGCACGUCAUCAGCUGUGGAGCUGCUCACGCCCACCAUCAGGGUCAACGGCGAGGAGAGCGAGAUCGUAGCCGCGGCCGCGGCGCCCGGGUCUGCUCCAGAGGCGGCUCUUCUCGAGGAUGGCCACGGUAGCAGAGGCGGCGGUGGUGGUGGCGAGCUUAGCGGUAUCUACUUUGGGAUACUGAACAUAUACACGACGCUGCCGCAGUUCAUCGGCACCUUCAUCAGCGCCGUCGUGUUUGCCAUCCUCGAGCCUGGCAAGAGUCCUGAGCUGUCUCAUGGCGGCGGUGGCGAGGAGUUGCCGCAGGCGCCAAGUGACGGGCCGAACGCUAUCGGGAUUUGUCUGUUCAUAGGGGCUAUCAGUGCCAUGGGAGCGGCUUAUGCUACGAGGCGGUUGAGGUAUUUGUAGGUGUUAAUCUUGUAAGAUGUGAAGUAUAUUCUUCUUUUAGAUCUAGAUGUAGAACAAGGACUGUUUGGAUUUCUUGGAUAAAUUUACACUGGAGCAUUGCAAGCGUCGACUUGUCCAUGGGUCUUCGGGAGAGUAUUGGGGUUAGGGUUGGUCCGAG